AUGUCCGAGAAACCUAUACCAACUAAAUCAAAAUCAUUUGAUGAAACAAUAGGUACAAUAUUACCAUCAUAUCUUAUGUAUACGCAAACAAUUGGUAAAAAUGUAAAAGUUCCUGAAGAAAAUGAUGAUGUUUAUAAUCAACCUCCACCACCAAUUUAUUCAAAUGAUGAAAUCGAAUCUUCAAAUUCAACUAAUAGUGCUCAUUUUUCGAUUUUACAAUCAAGUACUUCAUCAAUUACAAAUGUAUCAAAUGAAAAUAAUGGUACCGCUAUUGAUAUUCAAAAUCUUAAUAGUGAUGAUGAUUCAUUGAUUGUUGCUGAUGAAAAUACAAAUUGGAGAGAAACCGUACUUGAUAAUGUUCAUAAGUUACCAAAUAUGACAUUUGAAAAUAAUGAUUUAUCAAAUUCUGUUAAAAUGGAAAUUUUUUUUACAAAAGAAAUUGGUGAAAUUAAUAGAAAACCAGAAUUUAUUAAUCCAUCAUUAUAUGAAUAUACUCAAGGUGAUUUAUUAAAUGGUUAUUUAACUAUUAGAAAUACUUCAAAUAAACCAAUUUCUUUUGAAAUGUUUUAUUUAUUAUUUGAAGGUAGUUUUAUGGUUGCAAAUAAUAAAGAUUUGAAAGAUUUAACUCCCGUAAAAAUUAGAAGAUUUUUAGAAAUGUUUGAUUUUUCAGGUAGUUGGAAUGAUGCUCAUAUAAAUAGAUUAGUUUCAGAAAGUGAAGAUAUUUAUUUUUGUACAGCUGGUGAUUUUCAAGAUCCAAUAGAUGGUACAAAUUUAUAUUUUAAAGAUAAAAUUUUAAGACCAAAUAGAACUUACAAGAGAUUUUUUUCAUUCAAGAUUCCUGAAAAUUUAUUAGAUUCAGAAUGUAACGAACAUAGUUUAUCAAAACAUACAGAAAUACCACCAACUUUAGGUUUAUCAAGAUGGGAAAUCAAACAUUAUCCAGAAAGAGAAGAUCAAAAAAUAAGAGAUUUAUCAAUAAUCAAUACAUCAAUUGGUUAUGGAGUAAUGGGUAGAUUUAUUGGUAAAAAAUCAACUUGGGAAUCUGAAUUUGGGAAAUUUGAAACUCCAAAACAUAAAGAUUUUACAAAAUUAGUUAAUCUGAAAGGUGAUGAAUAUAUAAUUUUAAAAGAAAUUACAAAUUUUGUAAGAGUUAUCCCAAGGACUAAAAUCCUUACAGAUAAUGAAAAAUUAAUGAAACAAGUUGAAAAUAAAUUACUUUAUGAAAAUUUUAUAAAAAGAAUUAAAGAUAAAAUAGAUGUUGGUGAACAGCUUCUUAAAUCAAUUGAAAAUCAAAAAUUUGAUGAUACAAUUGAAAUAAACGAAUCCAUAAGUCAACAAGAAAUUGAAGCUGCAAAAUUACAACAGUCAUAUAAACAAGUAGAUUCAAUAAGAGAUUUAAAAUCAAAUAUCAAAAAAUUGGAAUAUUAUGAAUCAAUGAUUCCAUUAAUUAAAAAAUCAAUUACAGGUGAUAAAAAUUUAGGUAUUUUGCUGGUCAAAACUCCUAAAACUGAUUAUACUAUAAAAUAUAUACCACCUUUAAGAUUUAGAGAUCAAUCAAUUGAUGAAUUAGCAAAUACUUGGAAUUUAAAUAUUCCAAUAGAUUUGUCUGUACAAUAUCCAAAUAAUAAAAUUGAACCACCAAUUAUAAAAAAUAUCACCUCAGAAUUAGUGGUCCAUACUUUAAAGUCAAUGUCAAAACCAAUAGCAUUAGAAUUUAAUCAUGAAUUAAUAUAUAAUAAAGUUCAAGGUAAUAGUAAAUCAUUUCAAGAUUUAGAUACUUUUCAACAUAAUAUAAUCAAGCCAUUACAAGAUUAUUCAAAUAAGUUAUAUAACUUAUUGAAAACCCUCGGUACAGAAAAUUUUAAAAUUGAAAAACUGUUAAUUGAUGAUAUUAAAUCAAUAUGUCAAUUAGAUGAAAAAAUAAUGAAUUUAGUAUGUAAUGAUAUUAAGGUAGAUGAACAAAAAUACACCCCCAAAACUAAAUUAAAUUGGCAACGAACACAAUCACAAACAUUAUCAACAUCAUUUAAUUUAAAUAUAAAUUUACAUAAUUUAUCAUUAAAAGGAAUACUGACAUCAAAAGAUUUAAAAUUAAAAAGUUUUAAUAAAUUUAAUUUAGUACCAAAUUUUCAAAAUUGUUUUUUAAUUAGAUUUUAUCAUUUAAAAUUAUCUUUUGAAUUAUCAAAUGGUGAUUGUAUUAGAAUUAAAAUUCCAAUUACAAUUGAAAAAUAA